CCAUGUUCUCCACUUCUCCCUCGCAGGCCACAAGUGUUUGAUUCGCUGUCUGGCCGUGCAUAUUAAUGAGAAGGGGACAGCGGGCUGCUUUUUAAAAGAGCUGCUGGCGGCCCCGCAGCAAGCGAGAGAGAGACCUAAACGACCGACUGGAGGUUCAUCCAAGCGCUCGGGACGCACAGAGUUGCACAAUCAGCGCCAGACUCAAAGGGACUCCAAAAACAGAAACCCCUCAGCGGCUCCUUCAGUUUUGCUCUCCAAACAGUCACUGCAAGUGGAUUUUAUUUGCACAUCGAAAGACUUGUAUUGACUUUUUUUCCCCGUGUGUUUUCGAGUGCUUGGAUUUUUAGGAGCUGGUUUUAGUGAACUUUUUUCUUUUUCUUUGUGAAGACAUGCAUCGGUGCACAGCGGUGCUGCUUUUGUUAGUGGUGGCCUUAUACGUCCUGAGUGCAGAAGCCUACAAGUGCAGGUGCACCAGAAAAGGGCCAAAGAUCCGAUACAAAGAUGUGCAGAAACUGGAGAUCAAACCCAAACACCCGUUCUGCCAGGAGAAGAUGAUAUUUGUGACGAUGGAGAACGUGGCUCGGUUCAAAGGGCAGGAGUAUUGUCUCCACCCCAAACUUCAGAGCACCAAGAACCUGGUCAAAUGGUUCCGUAUCUGGAAGGACAAGCACAGGGUGUAUGAAGCCUAAACCUUCAGCUACACAGCACACAUGGAGCAAGUGAGACAUGAUAAAAGCAAAAAUACCACCAGGACUGUUUAACUACAAGAUGUAAUCUACAAUAAAACUGUAGUUCUUCCCUCUUCUGCCUGAGAUCUGUUGAGCACAUUACAAGAUAUUUUUAGUUCGUAUAUAUAAGCUGGUGGGCUUGUUUUAGUUGGCCAUCACCGUAGUUACAGUCACUCAUCACCUCUGUCUCUACAGCUGUAGUUGUCAAAUAGUGGACGAGACACCACCAUCUGUGUUCAAACAGUUGUAGGUUUGUUCAGUUGUUACUUAAAGGGACUUCUCUUUUGCUGUUUCUUUCAAAGUGAAGAAUGUGUAUUUUUGAAGAAAUGGGCAAAACUUUCUUUGAAAAGUACAGUGUGGGUGUUUCAGUUGUUAAGAUUUUCACUACUCUGUAUUCGGUGUGACAGGUACGACAUUAGUGCAAACAACAUUUAGAAUCUGAUUACAUGGGUUUAAGAGUCAAAAUGUAAUGAUAAAGUUUCUCAAUGAAUCUGAUACUAUAUUUGCAGAGGAGAGGCCGUCAUUGUGCGAUUACAUAUAUUACAAAAUUUGCUAUUGUUCAGUCAGAUAGAGGAGAUCUACCAGUGUGUAUUUUUACCAUGUCCAUGCUAGUCGUAUGUAUCAAACAAACACAUUACUCUGCCACACCUAUUUUGUUAAAUAUGAUCUAUAAUAUUGAUUGGCAGGGGUGUAGUUACAGCAAUUAUUAAAGAAUACAAAUAGUUAAUUUUGUGCCAUUCCUAUGUACAGUACAGUCUGUGGACUGGACUUAAUUAAAAAACAAGAUUAGAAAAUACACUAAGAAAGCAAGACUGUCAGCAGUUUACAUCAUCAAAGCUCUAUCUGUUAUAUUUUCUUUACUGGUUGAAAGAUUUUUUAGUCAAACCUCUUGGAAUAAGUGUGUUAUUAGGCAAUAUAUCAUACAAACUGCCUACUUAAGCACUGAAUUGUGCUACCUAUGAUAAUAUCCUUAAAGAUUUAGGUUGGUGAUGUUCUUGAUUUUUGUGAAUGUUAAUAUAUAUCCCAUGAAAAUAUUAAAAAUCAACAAUGUGUUACUUCCCAAAUUCCCAAAACUGUCUGUGGCACCCAGCACUGAACUUCCGAAAACAGAUGGGCAUUGUAGUUCUUAGCAAGCCCCACUCCAACAGGAGUUAGGAGUGCAUUUGCUGGGGACUAUAUUCUGUUGUGGAUUAAUAUACACUUGCCAUUCAACUGAGUAUUUACUUUGGCACACCAGUUACUCUAAAUAAAUGACAGUGACCAUGUUUAUGGUUAUAAAGAACCAUUUCACCCGAUACAACAGUGAGGCUCAUUGAUGAUUUUAAUAUUGUAUUGAAAGCAAUAGUACAGUUUUUUCAUGGGAUUUGUUAACAUAAGAAAAAUACUGAAUAUAAUCAAAAAUAUAUAAACUGUUUCAUUGUUUUAUGUAAAUAAGCUUUGGACCAGUGCAUGAGAUUUCACAUUUUUAAACUUGAAAGGGGACAAAUUGCCUGAAUACUUCAGCAGUCUGAAUUACACCUAAUGUCCACACACAAAACAACAUUCAUAUAGCAUAUAUUUAAAUAUAUGUAUGAUUUUUUAUUGUCUCCUACAAUGCUACAUGGGUGAUGGUACUCUGCUCUUUUACGAUUGUAUCUCUCCUCAAGUAGAUCUCCUGAACAAUACUAUCAAAUGUAUUAUUAUUCUGUAUGCUGUGGAAACACUUGGUUAUGACUGUUGGGUGUUGUUUUGUUGCCAUCACACAGAAAUCUCACAUACACAUUUCUGAAUUUACACAAAACACAUUUCCUUUGCCUUUUGAAGAAUGUGCAUUACUCUUGUUUUAUAUCUUAUAUAUAAAAAAUAUAUAUAAAUAAGCAUUUUGUAAAUGGACCAGUAUAGCCUAUAUGUUUGUGUGAGUGAAUUUACCUUAAAAUGUUAUAGUGUUGUGUAUAUAACUGCAUUACAGUUGUUUUUGCUAUUUAAAUCUUUGGUUUGGUAACAGAUCUUGGGGGGUGAGUGUUUGGAGUGGCCCACCAAACGAAGUUAAGCAUUCCAUUAAGUGUAAAACGAUAAACACAGCAAUAAAGUAUAUAGAGCA